AUGGCUCGGCCGAGAGACUCACGCUCACCAAGUCCUGCAGGCAGCACCCACAGUUCUCGUCGUCACCGUAAUGAUGAUCGCCGGAAUAGGGAUCGUCGCAACGAUGGAAGAGACAACCGUCGACGUAGCAGAACGCGCAGCCCAGACCCCCGAAACCGUGACCGCGAUAGAGACAGAGACCGCGGGCGAGAACAAGAUUAUUAUCGCCGAAGAGAACGCUCGAUAGAUCGACGUGACGACAACUACUACCGGGGUGGACGACGGGAUAAUCGAGAAAGAGAUCGCCGAAGAUCGCGGGACCGCUACGAUGAUCGCAUCCGAUCACCCGACCGCCGACGCAAUCGCAGCCGAGAGAAUGAUCGGGACGUGAGAAGGCGAGACGACUCCCGCAACCACGCUCCUGGGCGCCGUGAGGGUACGGCUGACUCCCUUGCUCGUAGCAACCGUGAAGAUGGCAAACCACAGAAAACACCGCUUGGCGACAGCGGAAACGCUGGUAGCAAUGAGGCGCAUACCCCCAAGACCGAUGCUGGACAAGCCGAGGUGGACAAGAAGGCUGAGCGACUCGCCAAACUUGAGGCCUGGAAGAAAAAGAAGGAGAAUGCAAGUCAGAAACAAAAAGAGGUAAACCCAAGCCAGACACGGAACCUCUUGGCUGAAAUGGACAAAAAGACGAGCGGGCCAUCAUCAAAGACCGUUUCCCCGUCAGUCUCCGCUACUGCUUCACCUGUAGCAACACCCUCUGUCGCAUCUCCUAUAGCCCCUUAUUCCGGCAAGUUUGAUCCCAAGGCCAUCGCAAAGAAAUCGGCUGCAUCCCGGGCGCAUGACGCUGCAAAGCCAGCCCUGGGCGCUUUAGAAGGCCAGCCUGAAAAGCUUGCAGUGCCUGUUAAGCAGGCCGCCACUGCGUCUGCCCUUCCUGCAAAUCGAACAAAGGCUAGUGGGUUUGGUUUCGUAAAGAGCAAUGCAGAGAGCGAUAAGCUCCCUUCUAAACGCAAACUUGACUUGGACGAGGAAGAUACUACGAAGCGAAAACUCACAAAGCUUCCUGCACUGCCCAUCGAGGCGGACGAUACCCCAUAUGCUGACCAGGAUGAGGAUGAAUCUGAUGUAGACAACUUCGCUGAGACUGAAGAGGAGGCUGCUGCCGCCGCUCGUGCAGCUCACGAGAGGAGGUUGCAGGCAGAAAACCAGAUGGAUACAGGCGAAGACGAGCCCCAAACAACGACUCAGACAAACGGAGAUGCGACAGUGAGCAACGACGCUACUCAACCUGACGCUGUCACGCAAAUGGAAGUUGACGAGGAAGACGACGUUGACCCUCUGGAUGCAUUCAUGGCUGAUCUGAAGGAUGUGAAGCAGCCUGCUAAGGCAACCAAAACGCUAAAGGUUCAGGAACCCGAGGCCUACUUCAGCGACGAUGAAUACGACUUCAACAAGAAGGACGAGGGUGACGCAAGUGCUUUGCUGGCUAUGACGGCGAAGCGGAAGAAGAAGGAUAUCCCAACAAUUGAUUACACCAAGAUUGAUAUCGAGCCUAUCCGCAAGAAUUUCUGGGUAGAGCCGGCUGAGCUCGGUCUUCUUACAGAGGCCGAAGUGGCCGAUCUUCGUCUGGAACUGGAUGGCAUUAAAGUCAACGGCAAGGACGUUCCCAAGCCGGUUCAGAAGUGGGCUCAAUGUGGUCUCACGCGGCAGACACUAGAUGUCGUCGACCAACUAGGUUAUGAGAAGCCCACUCCUAUUCAGAUGCAGGCUCUUCCGGCUCUCAUGUCCGGACGUGAUGUUAUUGGAGUGGCCAAGACUGGUUCUGGAAAGACGGUUGCAUUUCUACUUCCUAUGUUCCGACACAUCAAGGAUCAGCCUUCUCUCAAGGACACAGAUGGUCCUAUUGGAUUGAUCAUGACUCCAACUCGAGAACUUGCAGUUCAGAUUCACAAAGACUGCAAGCCUUUUCUCAAAAUGAUGGGCCUGAGAGCUGUUUGUGCUUAUGGCGGAGCGCCCAUCAGAGAUCAGAUCGCUGAGCUGAAGCGCGGUGCUGAAGUCAUUGUUUGCACCCCAGGUCGCAUGAUUGAUCUUUUAGCUGCAAACCAAGGUCGAGUCACCAAUUUGAAGAGGGUUACGUAUGUUGUGCUUGAUGAAGCUGAUCGAAUGUUCGACAUGGGCUUCGAGCCUCAGGUCAUGAAAAUCUUUGCAAACAUGCGACCCGACAGACAGACUAUUCUUUUCUCUGCUACCAUGCCCCGUAUCAUCGACUCGCUGACCAAGAAGGUACUCAAAAACCCAAUUGAAGUUACUGUUGGUGGACGCAGUGUCGUUGCCAAGGAGAUUGAGCAGAUUGUCGAAGUUCGAGACGAACCGUCCAAGUUUCACCGCAUUCUUGAACUUCUCGGAGAACUCUACGAUCGUGACGAAGAUGCUCGUACUCUCAUCUUUGUUGAACGGCAAGAGAAGGCCGACGAUUUACUCAAAGAACUAAUGAUCAAGGGUUACCCUUGCAUGUCAAUUCACGGAGGCAAAGAUCAAAUCGAUCGUGAUUCCACCAUUUCAGAUUUCAAAAAGGGUGUAGUGCCUAUUCUGAUUGCCACUUCGGUAGCAGCCCGUGGUCUGGAUGUUAAGCAGCUCAAGCUUGUCAUCAACUAUGAUGCGCCCAACCAUCUGGAAGAUUAUGUGCAUCGCGCUGGUCGAACUGGUCGUGCUGGCAAUACUGGUGUUGCUGUCACUUUUGUUACACCAGAACAGGAAAAUUGCGCACCAGGUAUUGCUAAGGCUCUUGAACAGAGUGGGCAACCUGUACCUGAGAGGUUGAACGAGAUGAGAAAAGCUCAUCGUGAGAAAGUCAAGACAGGUAAAGCCAAAGACACAUCUGGCUUUGGUGGCAAGGGUCUUGAUCGUCUCGAUCAAGAACGAGAGGCGGCUCGCCUGCGUGAGCGUAAAACUCAUAAGGCUGAGGGUGAGGAGGAAGAAGUAAAGGAGGACAAGAAGGAGGAUGAGGACGAUAAGGGAGAAAAGGCUUUCGAGGCUAUCCGAGCCGCCGCGUCUGGCGUGCUGGCUCGCGAGACAGCAGCAAAGGCGGCCGACAGUGGAGAAUCAAAGGCCAUUCAACAAGCGGCCAAUACUCCCGUUGUGAAGGGCAAAGCCAAGGACCCACUGGACAAGGUCAGUUCGGCAGUCAGCGCCAUCAAUAGCCGUCUCGGAAAGGCUGGGCAGCUUCGUGCUGGUCAACCAAUCGACAACAAGGGUCCCGAUGCUGGUGCAUACCACGCUACUUUGGAAAUCAACGAUUUCCCUCAAAAGGCCAGAUGGGCCGUCACCAACAGAACCAACGUGGCCAAGAUUCUCGAAGCCACGGGUACGUCGAUCACGACGAAGGGCAACUUUUAUCCGCCAGGCAAGGAGGUGCCUGCUGGAUCCGAACCGAAGCUGUAUAUUCUCAUCGAGGGAGAUACCGAGGUUGUUGUUGGUUCCGCCUUGAGCGAACUUACACGCCUGCUGAAAGAGGGAACAAUUGCUGCCGUGGAUGCCGACAGUCGAGCACCAGCCAGUGGACGAUACACGAUUACAUAA